GGGGGAGGGGGCUGGAAGGGAGUGUGUGCGCGCGUGCAACUCCACUCCGGGGCUUUGUGCGAGCCCGGGCGAUAGCAUCAGCGGCGGCUGGAGGAGGAGCGGCCGGAGACGCGUGCAAGCCCGCCCGGCAGCCGGGGCAGGUGGGAAGCCCGCGCGGGAGCCGAGCCGACGCGAGCCGGAGACGCCGCAGCCGAGUCCGAGCGGAGCCCGGGCGGAGCCCAGGAGCCUUCACUCGCGGGCCGCCCGUGGGCGGCAGCCGAGGCGGGGCGGGCGCCGGCGGGGCGGCCCCCCAGUAAGAUGUGCGCAGCGCCGCGGGGCGCCCCCCACUCGCAGAGGCGCUCGGGAGCCGGGCGGCUGGGCCAGGCGGCGCCUCGGGGGCUGCUGCGCGCCCGCGCCUAGAGCUGCCGCCCCAGGGAGCCCGCCACGGCCGCGCCCCGGGCACGCUCUGUGGCGCCCAACGAUGACCGCUCCCUGGCGGCGCCUCCGGAGUCUGGUUUGGGAAUACUGGGCCGGGUUCCUCGUGUGCGCCUUCUGGAUCCCAGACUCGCGCGGGAUGCCCCACGUCAUCCGGAUCGGAGGAAUCUUUGAGUAUGCGGAUGGUCCCAACGCCCAGGUCAUGAACGCUGAGGAGCAUGCCUUUCGAUUUUCUGCCAACAUCAUCAACAGGAACAGGACUCUGCUGCCCAACACCACCCUAACUUACGACAUUCAGAGGAUUCACUUCCAUGACAGUUUUGAGGCCACCAAAAAGGCCUGUGACCAGUUGGCGCUGGGUGUUGUAGCCAUCUUUGGGCCGUCACAGGGCUCCUGCACCAAUGCAGUCCAGUCCAUCUGCAACGCCUUGGAGGUACCCCACAUCCAAUUGCGCUGGAAGCACCACCCCCUGGACAACAAGGACACCUUCUACGUGAACCUCUACCCUGACUACGCCUCUCUCAGCCACGCCAUCCUCGACUUGGUCCAGUCUCUCAAGUGGCGGUCAGCCACCGUGGUCUAUGAUGACAGUACAGGUCUCAUCAGGCUGCAGGAACUCAUCAUGGCCCCAUCUAGGUACAACAUCCGCCUGAAGAUUCGCCAGCUUCCCAUCGACUCGGAUGACUCCCGCCCCUUGCUCAAAGAGAUGAAGCGGGGCCGGGAGUUCCGUAUCAUCUUUGACUGCAGCCAUACCAUGGCGGCCCAGAUCCUCAAGCAGGCCAUGGCCAUGGGCAUGAUGACAGAGUACUACCACUUCAUCUUCACCACUCUGGAUCUCUACGCACUAGACCUGGAGCCCUACCGCUACUCAGGAGUGAACCUGACUGGGUUCCGCAUACUCAACGUGGACAACCCCCAUGUCUCAGCCAUUGUGGAGAAGUGGUCCAUGGAGCGGCUGCAGGCAGCUCCCCGGGCAGAGUCAGGCCUGUUGGAUGGUGUGAUGAUGACCGAUGCAGCCCUGCUCUAUGAUGCAGUCCACAUUGUGUCUGUGUGCUACCAGCGAGCGCCGCAGAUGACCGUGAACUCCCUGCAGUGCCAUCGGCACAAGGCCUGGCGCUUUGGUGGCCGCUUCAUGAACUUCAUCAAGGAGGCUCAAUGGGAAGGAUUAACUGGACGGAUUGUUUUCAACAAAACCAGUGGCUUGCGGACUGAUUUUGAUCUGGACAUCAUCAGCCUGAAGGAGGAUGGCCUCGAGAAGGUUGGGGUGUGGAGCCCAGCUGACGGUCUCAAUAUCACCGAGGUUGCCAAAGGCCGAGGUCCUAAUGUCACUGACUCUCUGACCAAUAGGUCACUCAUCGUCACCACUGUGCUGGAGGAGCCGUUUGUGAUGUUCCGCAAGUCGGAUAGGACCCUUUAUGGCAAUGACCGGUUCGAGGGCUACUGUAUUGACUUGCUCAAGGAGCUGGCGCACAUCCUAGGCUUCUCCUAUGAGAUCCGGCUGGUGGAAGACGGCAAGUACGGGGCCCAGGACGACAAGGGCCAGUGGAACGGCAUGGUCAAGGAACUCAUUGACCACAAAGCAGAUCUGGCUGUGGCUCCCCUGACCAUCACCCAUGUCCGAGAGAAGGCCAUCGACUUCUCUAAGCCUUUUAUGACCCUGGGAGUGAGCAUCUUAUACCGCAAGCCUAAUGGCACCAACCCCAGUGUCUUCUCCUUCCUCAACCCCUUGUCCCCGGACAUCUGGAUGUACGUGCUCCUCGCCUACCUGGGUGUCAGCUGUGUCCUCUUCGUCAUCGCCAGAUUCAGCCCUUACGAGUGGUAUGACGCCCACCCCUGCAACCCCGGCUCAGAGGUGGUGGAGAAUAACUUCACGCUGCUCAACAGCUUCUGGUUCGGAAUGGGCUCCUUGAUGCAACAAGGAUCUGAACUGAUGCCCAAAGCUCUGUCUACCCGCAUCAUUGGUGGCAUCUGGUGGUUCUUCACACUCAUUAUCAUCUCCUCCUACACGGCCAACCUGGCUGCCUUCCUGACCGUGGAGCGCAUGGAGUCGCCCAUCGACUCUGCUGAUGACCUGGCCAAGCAGACCAAAAUAGAGUAUGGUGCUGUCAAGGACGGGGCCACCAUGACCUUCUUCAAGAAAUCCAAGAUCUCCACCUUUGAGAAGAUGUGGGCCUUCAUGAGCAGCAAGCCCUCGGCUCUGGUGAAGAACAACGAGGAAGGCAUCCAGCGGACACUCACAGCGGACUAUGCUCUGCUCAUGGAGUCCACUACCAUAGAGUACAUCACACAAAGGAACUGCAACCUCACCCAGAUCGGUGGCCUCAUCGACUCUAAAGGCUACGGCAUUGGCACACCCAUGGGCUCCCCUUACCGGGACAAAAUCACCAUCGCCAUUCUGCAGCUGCAGGAGGAGGACAAGCUGCACAUCAUGAAGGAGAAGUGGUGGCGGGGCAGCGGGUGCCCCGAAGAGGAGAACAAGGAGGCCAGUGCUCUGGGCAUCCAGAAGAUCGGCGGCAUCUUCAUCGUCCUGGCUGCCGGCUUGGUCCUGUCCGUGUUGGUGGCGGUGGGCGAGUUUAUAUACAAACUCCGCAAGACAGCGGAGCGGGAGCAGCGCUCCUUCUGCAGCACAGUAGCCGACGAGAUCCGCUUCUCCCUCACCUGCCAACGGCGUCUCAAGCACAAACCACAGCCUCCUAUGAUGGUCAAGACGGAUGCGGUUAUCAACAUGCACACCUUUAAUGACCGAAGGCUUCCAGGCAAGGACAGCAUGAGCUGCAGCACCUCGCUAGCCCCUGUCUUCCCCUAGACAUGGGUCCAGCGGGGACUUCAGGCCCGGUCCACGCAGAGGAAGGCAAAGGAGACCCGAAAGGACAUCCUCAUCUCAUGCUGGCCUUGGGGAUGGAGCUGCUGGCCACAUCAUGCUGUGAACCAUCAGCUCUUACCUACCGGGAAACCCACGGGCCCUCGGCCGGCUGCUGGGCUUCAUCUCCUCUUGUCUUUUCUAUGGCUUUCUGAAGCUGUGAAGGCCAGCGGAAGCACAUGCCUCUCAGGCUCCAUCACCGACCAUCUCUCUUCUCCUCCAUAGCCAAGUAUGUUUGCCAGGGUUCUGCAGAGUCCUCGGAACAUCGGAGAUGGCUCAUACACUCCCCUCCUUCCCCUCAAGCCCAAGCCUUCUAGCACGCAGCCAUUAGAGCAGAGACUCCGGCUCAGAGCACGUUAAACGUGUUCUGAUGAUGGGAGCCCAAAGGCAGCCAUCCAUACCUGGACAGGAGCAAAGCUUCAGCCCUUAAGGGUUAUUCACCUGGGUCUGCUCUUCUCAAUGUGGCUUCACCAACAGCAGUGGCCCCCUUGGCAACAUGAAAAGCGGCGUGGAAAGGAGGUAUUUGGUAUGGGAGAAGGGAACACAGAUGGAGACUGUGAUCUCAGAUGCUUCGGGUC